AGUGCAAAUUAUGAAUAAAUAAUAAACGAGAAGGAAAAAGAAGGGUUUCAUAAGCUCAAAUGAAUAUUGACUAAAAUGAAAUUGCCCUAUUAAUUCAGAGGUUUUUGCUAUUUAGUAGUUGAAUAUAUGGCAGUGUGUUUUCCUGCUACUACUUCCUGUGUGAUGAAACCUGGCCAGCACACACAGAAACAGAGAGACAUAGAAACCUUGGCAGAAAACACAGACAGCAGCAUCAGAACAGAUUACAACGUUAUAUUCAGGAUUUAGCAACACAAACUUCACUAUCAACAAUCUAUGUAGCAGAGCACCUGCUGUUAGAGGAGUACAGAUACAGUGACAGCAGUGGGGAGCAAUAAAUAGUCAAUCGAGACUACUGAAAAGCUGCACAGACUUUUAAGGUUGUAUUCUGUCUUGAAAUGUCUUUGAACAUUCACAAAGACCCAAAUUUGACUAUAAAUGUGAGAUACAGCAAUGAAAACGGAGAGGACGGAGGACAGAGAGUGGAAAGAGUGGUCUUCAUCAACCAGAGUGCAGACACUUCCACAGACCAUCAUGUUGGCCUUUCGACACGAGCUGGAGGAAUUUGUCUGAAUCUGACUGAACAGUCAGUGAAAAUAAAGGAUUGGCCGGAGCAAUGGGAAUGGAAAUCAGUGGACAGAUCCACACCAUCACAUAUGUGUGAAUAAAUGUGAAUGGCUCAGUUAGCAGCUACUGUUCAGUUGUUCCAGUCCUCUCAAGAUGUCCUCAGAUAUUUAUGCCAAACCAGAUUUGUCAAAGAAGGUGAGAUACAACAGAAAGGUGAAGGAAGACAACGUAGAGUGGGAGGAAAGGGAGGUGGUUAUCUACGAGAGUGCAGAUGCUAUCAGAGAUGAUCAGACUGAUUUUCAGUCACGUGAAGGAGGACCGCACACUGAGAAGCAUCGUCCAUCCGUCCAAAGAAGACCUUUCAGGGCUGCUACACUGUGUCUGGGAGUGCUGUGCUUUCUGAUGCUAACUGGAAUCAUCAUCUUAUCCAUACAUCAUACUUCAGUAACAUUUGAGCUGCAGACCAGAUUGAACAAACUGAGCAACAACAACAGUCAGCUUCAUGGAACAAUGUCAGGUAUUAAAGUCAACAACAGGAAGUUACAGGAUGAAGUGAAGCAGCUGAAGGCUAAAAUUGAAGGGAAGUGGUGUCCUGAAGGAUGGAUGAGAUUUGGAUGCAGUUGUUACUUUAAAUCCAAUGAGAGGAAAACCUGGUCUUACAGCAGAUCUGACUGUCAGAACAAAGGAGCAGAUCUGGUGAUCAUAAACAACGAAGAGGAACAGAAAUUUGUCACUGAGCUGAAUUCGAUAGGAAAUUCCUGGAUUGGACUACAGGGAACAAAUGGAAAAUGGACAGGAUCAGGAACGGUAUGGGAAUGGAAAUGGGUGGACAGCUCACCACUGACACAAACGUUCUGGGCAUCGGGAAUGCCAUAUAGUUCAUGGAACCAGUACGCAGCAGCAUUCUGUGAUACACAAGGAAAAUGGAAAGUAAGCAGUUCUUCUGAGUAUAAAAACUGGAUCUGUGAGAAAUAGAUUUCUUGCUUUCUUUAACAACAGAGGAGUGUGCAGUUUUGUCAAAUCAGAUUAAUUUACGUUUUACAUUUGUUCAGUUGUUUAUUCUGUGUUGCAUGCUGAAUAACCUGGAUUACACAGAUAUUGUUUCUCUGCUAUACAUAAGGCUGGUUGGAAGUCAUCUACACAACUACACAUACACUUACUCUGUAGCCCUACAGGAUUAUUACAAUUAAUGAACUGCAGCUUCUUUUUACUUUGGUUAAUUCAUAAAGUUGUAUUCAGUUAGAUCUGUCUGUGUUUAUUACGUGACAAUAAUGCCACUGCUGCCAAGUUUUUCCUGUGUCCCCUUUGAUACACCAGCUGCUAAUAUCACUUCCCACUGAGAAGUUUCACCAGGAGAGUUAAACAUCCAUGGAGGUUCAUGUUAAGACUCUUCAGCCUGUUUAAUGUCAAACUGUCUUCCUUUCACACAAAGGACUGCAGUUCAUGUAUCUCACCCUAACAAUAACUGUAGGUUUCCACCAGGAUAAAGAUAUUUCCCUGAUCUGUACCAAGGCCUAAUUUACAUUCAUUGCAAGUGUCUCUCAGUUAGCUCUGUCACAAAUCUGAAUGCAAUCAUUAUGUCAUCUCUGUCAUAACAUUAGUCUUUAUUUUGCAGUCAUGUGUUACUUCCUGUUUUAUUUUGUAGUUGUCCUCCUCUUGUGUUCUGUGUUGUUUUACUUCCUGUCUUUGUCUUUUUCCGUCUAGUUUGAUUGUUUGCCAGCCUUGACUGUGUUCACCUGUGUCUCGUUAGUUUCCCCUCACUAUAUAUUGCCUGUGUUUCAUUCUCCCUCUGCCAGUUUGUCUUUGUACCUUUGUGUUGGUUAUUAACAUGGAUUAGGAUUACAGCUUGUUUUUGGACUCUGUCUCUCCUCAUCUGGUUUUGUUACUUGUGUUUCGUGGACCUCCUGUGUACCAAACCUUCAUUUGUGUUAAGUAAAGAUUUUAAGACUUCAA